AUGAAUCAAAAGCCGAAAUCCGCUUCAGUUAUUGAAGCCGAAAUAUUAGCUCUCACUAUGCCAGGUAAAAAUUAUAGAUGGAAUACUAACCGAGUUGCUGAAGUUGUACUUGAUGAAUACAAACGCUUCUACUAUCGCUACACCAAAAAUGCUGAUCCUAAUUUUGGAAAUGUUACCGAAAGAAGUGAAUUCAAAAUCAGAAACAAUUGCAAGCCAUUCAAGUGGUUUCUUGAGAAUGUUUACAAUAUUCCAGUUUCUGAUGACAUUAAAGAUCCAUGA